AUGCUGUGGAGAAUAACCAUCGCAGCCGUAUUGGCUGGAGUGCUCUGCAUCACGGCUGAAACCAAAAAGUCGCGCCCGCAGAGUUAUAUCCCGUCGCCGUACAAGAACAAAGGAAACCUGUCCUCCGAACGCCACCAGCGGCUACUGCAUCAGAAGCCCGAGGUGCUUUCCUCUAGCCGCGAGGCCUUGGUGGUGACCGAGCGCCGCUACCUUCGCAGGGACUGGUGCAAGACCCAACCCUUGCGCCAGACCAUCAGCGAGGAGGGUUGCCUGAGUCGCACCGUGGUCAACCGCUUUUGCUACGGCCAGUGCAACUCAUUCUACAUCCCAAGACAUAUGGGGCCCAGCGGCUCAGGACACAGCCAGAAUCGAGGGCAAGGUAGAAAAGGCCACAAUAAGGCCCAGGAGCCGUUUCAGUCUUGUUCCUUCUGCAGGCCGCACCGCGUCACGCAGCUGACGGUGCAGCUGGAUUGCCCUGACCUGCAGCCCCCUUUCAGGCACCGAAAAGUGCAAAGGGUCAAGCAGUGUCGCUGCAUGUCUGUGGACGUGAGUAGCCGUGGAAAGCUGUGA